CAGCAGACCAAUUUCAAGCAAGCAAGGCAUAAGAAGCUUGAACCCUUAAAAGAGUCAGUUUUCAGUCAUAUUCAAUGGCAUCACUUCAGUGCCAGAAGCCCGCUCAACAUGCCCCAUCCACUGUCUGUCAAAAGACCACCACUGUGACAUGCCACAAGGCUAACAAUGAGCACCACUCUUAUGCUGACAAGAUGAAAGAUAUGACCGGCAAAAUGUUUCACCAUGACAAUCACAAUCAUCAAUCUGCGUGCCAUGGCACCAAAACUCAGCAAUCUGCUGCAUGCCAUGGCACCAAAACUAACCAACCUGCUGCAUGCCACGGCACCAAAACUAACCAAUCUGCAUGCCAUGGUACCAAAACUCAGCAAUCUGCUGCAUGCCAUGGCACCAAAACGCACCAAUCUGCUGCAUGCCACGGCACAAGUGCAACUGCUGCACAUGCUGGGGCUUGUGGAAAGAAAAAGGAAGGGAAUUUCAUGCAUAAGAUGCGUGAUCAAAUGAGAAGCAGGAGGAAGAACAAGGACGGAAAUUGCAGCGAUGGCAGUGACAGCAGCAGCAGCAGCAGUGAUGAGAGCGACAAUGAAAACUGCGGAAGGACCACGAAGAGAGGGAACUGCUGAUGAAGUAAGCUACAGACCUCAGACAAGUAAGAGGCAGAAGCUAUACAAUAAGGAACUUCUGCUGCUCAGUGAAUGCUGUACUUUAUUUAAGAGAAAGAGCUCUCUGUUUGACUCUGUAUCUAUUACUGUGUGUGUGUGAAGUGUGUUCCAUGAAUAAAUGCUAAUAGGUUUAUGUAUUUACACUA